AUGGGGCACCCCGCCCCAUUCUCCCGCUUUCCAUCACCCGCCCCAUUCUCCCGCUUUCCAUCACCCCACACCAUUCUCUCUCUUUCCAUCACCCCGCCCCACUCUCCCUCUUUCCAUCACCCCGCCCCAUUCUCCCGCUUUCCAUCACCCCGCCCCAUUCUCCCUCUUUCCAUCACCCCGCCUUAUUCUCCCACUUUCCAUCACCCCGCCCCAUUCUCCCUCUUUCCAUCACCCCGCCCCAUACUCCCUCUUUCCUUAACCCCGCCCCAUUCUCCCGCUUUCCAUCACCCCGCCCCAUUCUCCCGCUCUCCAUCACCCCGCCCGAUUCUCCCGCUUUCCAUCACCCCGCCCCAUUCUCUCUCUUUCCAUCACCCCGCCCCACUCUCCCUCUUUCCAUCACCCCGUUCCAUUCUCCCGCUUUCCAUCAUUCCGCCCCAUUCUCCCUCUUCCCAUCACCCCGCCCGCUUGCCCCAUUCUUCCGCUUUCCAUCACCCCGCCCCAUUCUCCCUCUUUCCAUCACUCCGCCCCAUUCUCCCUCUUUCCAUCACCCUGCUCCAUUCUCCCGCUUUCCAUCACCCUGCUCCAUUCUCCCGCUUUCCAUCACCCCGCCCCAUUCUCCCUCUUUCCAUCACCCCACCCCAUUCUCUCUCUUUCCAUCACCCCACCCCAUUCUCCCUCUUUCCAUCACCCCUCCCCAUUCUUCCGCUUUCCAUCACCCCGCCCCAUUCUCCCUCUUUCCAUCACCCCACCCCAUUCUCUCUCUUUCCAUCACCCCGCCCCAUUCUCCCCCUUUCCAUCACCCCGCCCCAUUCUCCCGCUUUCCAUCACCCCGCCCCAUUCUCCCUCUUUCCAUCACCCCGCCCCAUUCUCCCUCUUUCCAUCACCCUACUCCAUUCUCCCGCUUUCCAUCACCCCGCCCCAUUCUCCCUCUUUCCAUCACCCCUCCCCAUUCUUCCGCUUUCCAUCACCGCGCCCCAUUCUCCCUCUUUCCAUCACCCCGCCCCAUUCUCCCUCUUUCCAUCACCCCGCCCCAUUCUUCCUCUUUCCAUCACCCCGCCCCAUUCUCCCUCUUUCCAUCGCCUUGCUCCAUUCUCCCGCUUUCCAUCACCCCUCCCCAUUCUUCCGCUUUCCAUCACCCCGCCCCAUUCUCCCUCUUUCCAUCACCCCGCCCCAUUCUCCCUCUUUCCAUCACCCCGCCCCAUUCUUCCUCUUUCCAUCACCCCGCCCCAUUCUCCCGCUUUCCAUCACCCCGCCCCAUUCUCCCUCUUUCCAUCACCCCGCCCCAUUCUCCCUCUUUCCAUCACCCCACCCCAUUCUCUCUCUUUCCAUCACCCCACCCCAUUCUCCCUCUUUCCAUCACCCCUCCCCAUUCUUCCGCUUUCCAUCACCCCGCCCCAUUCUCCCGCUUUCCAUCACCCCGCCCCAUUCUUCCUCUUUCCAUCACCCCGCCCCCUUCUCUCUCUUUCCAUCACCCCACCCCAUUCUCCCUCUUUCCAUCACCACGCCCCGUUCUUCCGCUUUCCAUCACCCCGCCCCAUUCUCCCUCUUUCCAUCACCCCGCCCCAUUCUCCCUCUUUCCAUCACCCCGCCCCAUUCUCCCUCUUACCAUCACCGCGCCCCAUUCUCCCGCUUUCCAUCACCCCGCUCCAUUCUCACUCUUUCCAUCACCCCGCCCCAUUCUCCCGCUUUCCAGCACCCCGCCCCAUUAUCCCUCUUUCCAUCACCCCGCCCGAUUCUCCCGCUUUCCAGCACCCCGCCCCAUUCUCCCGCUUUCCAUCACCCCGCCCCAUUCUCCCUCUUUCCAUCACCCCACCCCAUUCUCCCUCUUUCCAUCACCCCGCCCCAUUCUCCCUCUUUCAAUCACCCCACCCCAUUCUCUUGCUUUCCAUCACACUGCCCCAGUCUCCCCCUUUCCAUCACCCUUCCCCAUUCUCCCUCUUUCCAUCACCCCGCCCCAUUCUCCCCCUUUCCAUCACCCCACCCCAUUCUCCCGCUUUCCAUCACCCCGCCCCAUUCUCCCUCUUUCCAUCACCCCGCCCCAUUCUCCCGCUUUCCAUCACCCCGCCUCAUUCUCCCUCUUUCCAUCACCCUGCCCCAUUCUCCCUCUUUUCAUCACCCCGCCCCAUUCUCCCUUUUUUCAUCACCCCGCCCCAUUCUCCCUCUUUCCAUCACCCUGCCCCAUUCUCCCGCUUUCCAUCACCCCGCCCCAUUCUCAGCUGA